AAAUUACAUUGGAAAAUCAAACUGAGAAUUUAACUACAGCAGCAACUGCAUCUGCUCCCACAACAACGGCUGAACCUACAACAACUGAAGUCACAUCUACAACUCUUCUGGAUACAUAUACUACACCAGCAUUUAUAUUGGAUUCAACGACAACACCAGGACCAACAACUGCAGUUAACACAACAACAUCUGAAACCACAUCUACAUCUCAAACUGAAACAUCAGGUAUGCCAGCAUCAACAUUUGAACCAACAACGAUGGCUACAACUGAACCAACAAUGCCUGCACCAACAACAAAUGAAGCCACAUCUACAACUGAAUCAGAAACAUCACCAACUACAACUGCAACUACAACUACAAAUGAAACAGAAACAUCUACUACAUCAGCAUCUACAUCUGAAUCAACAGUGGCAUUUCAAUCACCAACAACUGAAAUUACAUCUACAAUUGAAACAGAAACAUCAUCUACACCAGCUUCUGUAUUGGAACCAACAACAACAGCUGGAACAACAAUGGUAACUCAGCCAACAACAACUGAAACCACAUCUACAGCUCAAACAGAAAUAUCAACUACACCAGAAUCUACAUCUGAAUCAACAACAAUGGCUACAACUCAACCAACAACUACCCUGCCGACUACAACCCAACCACAAAUAACAACUGAAUCUACAUCUACAACUGAACCAGAAACAUCAAAUACACCAGCAUUUACAACUGAACCAACAACAGCAGCACAACCAACAACAGUAAUUCAAGCAACAUCAACUGAAACCACAACUCAAACAGAAACAUCAACUACACCAGCAUCUACAACUGAACCAACAACAGCAGCACAACCAACAACAACUGAAACUACAUCUACAACUCAAACAGAAAUAUCAACUACACCAACAUCUACAUCUGAACCAACAACAUCAGCACAACCAACAACAGUAAAUGAACCAACAUCAACUGAAACCACAACUCAAACAGAAACAUCAACUAUACCAGCAUCUACAACUGAACCAACAACAGCAGCACAACCAACAACAACUGAAACUACAUCUACAACUCAAACAGAAAUAUCAACUACACCAACAUCUACAUCUGAACCAACAACAUCAGCACAACCAACAACAGUAAUUCAACCAACAUCAACUGAAACAACAAUUCAAACCGAAACAUCAACUAUUUCAGCAUCUACAUCUGAACCAACAAGAGCAGCACAACCAACAACAGUAAAUGAACCAACAUCAACUGAAACCACAACUCAAACAGAAACAUCAACUAUACCAGCAUCUACAACUGAACCAACAACAGCAGCACAACCAACAACAACUGAAACUACAUCUACAACUCAAACAGAAAUAUCAACUACACCAACAUCUACAUCUGAACCAACAACAUCAGCACAACCAACAACAGUAAUUCAACCAACAUCAACUGAAACCACAAUUCAAACAGAAACAUCAACUAUUUCAGCAUCUACAUCUGAACCAACAACAGUAAAUGAACCAACAUCAACUGAAACCACAACUCAAACAGAAACAUCAACUAUUUCAGCAUCUACACCUGAACCAACAACUGCAGCACAACCAACAACAGUAACUGAACCAACAUCAACUGAAACCACAACUCAAACAGAAACAUCAACUAUUUCGGCAUCUACAUUUGAACCAACAACAAUGGCUGAAUCAACACUGGUAAUUCAAUCAACAACAACUGAAACCACAUCUACAACUCAAACAGAAAUAUCAAAUACACCAACAUCUACAUCUGAACCAACAACAGCAGCACAACCAACAACAGUAAUUCAACCAACAUCAACUGAAACCACAACUCAAACAGAAACAUCAACUACACCAGCAUCUACAUCUGAGGCAACAACUGCAGCACAACCAACAACAGUAAUUCAACCAACAUCAACUGAAACCACAACUCAAACAGAAACAUCAACUAUUUCAGCAUCUACAUCUGAACCAACAACUGCAGCACAACCAACAACAGUAACUGAACCAACAUCAACUGAAACCACAAUUCAAACAGAAACAUCAACUAUUUCAGCAUCUACACCUGAACCAACAACUGCAGCACAACCAACAACAGUAAAUGAACCAACAUCAACUGAAACCACAACUCAAACAGAAACAUCAACUAUUUCAGCAUCUACACCUGAACCAACGACAUCAGCACAACCAACAACAGUAAUUGAACCAACAUCAACUGAAACCACAAUUCAAACAGAAACAUCAACUAUUUCAGCAUCUACAUCUGAACCAACAACAACAGCAGCUCAAUCAACAACAACUGAAACCACAUCUACAACUCAAACAGAAAUAUCAACUACACCAACAUUUACAUCUGAACCAACAACUGCAGCACAACCAACAACAGUAAUUCAACCAACAUCAACUGAAACCACAACUCAAACAGAAACAUCAACUCCACCAGCAUCUACAUCUGAGCCAACAACAUCAGCACAACCAACAACAGUAAUUCAACCAACAUCAACUGAAACCACAACUCAAACAGAAACAUCAACUAUUUCAGCAUCUACAUCUGAACCAACAACAGCAGCACAACCAACAACAGUAAUUCAACCAACAUCAACUGAAACCACAACUCAAAUAGAAACAUCAAUUACACCAACAUCUACAUCUGAACCAACAACAUCAGCACAACCAACAACAACUGAAACCACAACUCAAACAGAAACAUCAACUACACCAGCAUCUACAUCUGAACCAACAACAGCAGCACAACCAACAACAGUAAUUGAACCAACAUCAACUGAAACCAUAACUCAAACAGAAACAUCAACUAUUUCAGCAUCUACAUCUGAACCAGCAACAGCAGCACAACCAACAACAACUGAAACCACAACUCAAACAGAAACAUCAACUACACCAGCAUCUACAUCUGAGCCAACAACUGCAGCACAACCAACAACAGUAAUUCAACCAACAUCAACUGAAACCACAACUCAAACAGAAACAUCAACUAUUUCAGCAUCGACAUCUGAACCAACAACAGCAGCACAACCAACAACAGUAAUUCAACCAACAUCAACUGAAACCACAACUCAAACAGAAACAUCAACUAUUUCAGCAUCUACAUCUGAACCAACAACAGAAGAACAACCAACAACAGUAAUUCAACCAACAUCAACUGAAACCACAACUCAAACAGAAACAUCAACUAUUUCAGCAUCUACAUCUGAACCAACAACAGCAGCACAACCAACAACAACUGAAACCACAACUCAAACAGAAACAUCAACUACACCAGCAUCUACAUCUGAACUAACAACAGCAGCACAACCAACAACAGUAAUUGAACCAACAUCAACUGAAACCACAACUCAAACAGAAACAUCAACUAUUUCGGCAUCUACAUCUGAACCAACAACAAUGGCUGAAUCAACACUGGUAAUUCAAUCAACAACAACUGAAACCACAUCUACAACUCAAACAGAAAUAUCAACUACACCAACAUCUACAUCUGAACCAACAACAUCAGCACAACCAACAACAGUAAUUCAACCAACAUCAACUGAAACCACAACUCAAACAGAAACAUCAACUACACCAACAUCUACAUCUGAACCAACAACAGCAGCACAACCAACAACAGUAAUUCAACCAACAUCAACUGAAACCACAACUCAAACAGAAACAUCAACUAUUUCGGCAUCUACAUCUGAACCAACAACUGCAGCACAACCAACAACAACUGAAACCACAUCUACAACUCAAACAGAAAUAUCAACUACACCAACAUCUACAUCUGAACCAACAACAUCAGCACAACCAACAACAAUAAUUCAACCAAUAUCAACUGAAACCACAACUCAAACAGAAACAUCAACUAUUUCAGCAUCUACAUCUGAACCAACAACAGCAGCACAACCAACAACAACUGAAACCACAACUCAAACAGAAACAUCAACUACACCAGCAUCUACAUCUGAACUAACAACAGCAGCACAACCAACAACAGUAAUUCAACCAACAUCAACUGAAACCACAACUCAAACAGAAACAUCAACUAUUUCGGCAUCUACAUCUGAACCAACAACAAUGGCUGAAUCAACACUGGUAAUUCAAUCAACAACAACUGAAACCACAUCUACAACUCAAACAGAAAUAUCAACUACACCAACAUCUACAUCUGAACCAACAACAUCAGCACAACCAACAACAGUAAUUCAACCAACAUCAACUGAAACCACAACUCAAACAGAAACAUCAACUACACCAACAUCUACAUCUGAACCAACAACAGCAGCACAACCAACAACAGUAAUUCAACCAACAUCACCUGAAACCACAACUCAAACAGAAACAUCAACUACACCAACAUCUACAUCUGAACCAACAACAGCAGCACAACCAACAACAGUAAUUCAACCAACAUCACCUGAAACCACAACUCAAACAGAAACAUCAACUAUUUCAGCAUCUACAUCUGAACCAACAACAGCAGCACAACCAACAACAGUAAUUCAACCAACAUCAACUGAAACCACAACUCAAACAGAAACAUCAACUACACCAACAUCUACAUCUGAACCAACAACAGCAGCACAACCAACAACAGUAAUUCAACCAACAUCAACUGAAACCACAACUCAGACAGAAACAUCAACUAUUUCAGCAUCUACAUCUGAACCAACAACUGCAGCACAACCAACAACAACUGAAACCACAACUCAAACAGAAACAUCAACUACACCAGCAUCUACAUCUGAACCAACAACAGCAGCACAACCAACAACAGUAAUUGAACCAACAUCAACUGAAACCACAACUCAAACAGAAACAUCAACUAUUUCGGCAACUACAUCUGAACCAACAACAAUGGCUGAAUCAACACUGGUAAUUCAAUCAACAACAACUGAAAUCACAUCUACAACUCAAACAGAAAUAUCAACUACACCAACAUCUACAUCUGAACCAACAACAUCAGCACAACCAACAACAGUAAUUCAACCAACAUCAACUGAAACCACAACUCAAACAGAAACAUCAACUACACCAACAUCUACAUCUGAACCAACAACAGCAGCACAACCAACAACAGUAAUUCAACCAACAUCAACUGAAACCACAACUCAGACAGAAACAUCAACUAUUUCAUCAAUCAACAUCAACUGCACCAACUUCAACAUCAACUGCGCCAACAUCUACAACUCAAACAACAACUACACCAACUUCAACAUCAACUGCACCAACAUCUACAACUCAAACAACAACUGCACCAACUUCAACAUCAACUGUGCCAACAUCUACAACUCAAACAACAACUGCACCAACUUCAACAUCAACUGCGCCAACAUCUACAACUCAAACAACAACUGCACCAACUUCAACAACACAAACAACUUCAACAUCAACUGCACCAACAUCUACAACUCAAACAACAACUGCACCAACUUCAACAUCAACUGCGCCAACAUCUACAACUCAAACAACAACUGCACCAACUUCAACAUCAACUGCACCAACAUCUACAACUCAAACAGCAACUGCACCAACUUCAACAUCAACUGCGCCAACAUCUACAACUCAAACAACAACUGCACCAACUUCAACAACACAAACAACUUCAACAUCAACUGCACCAACAUCUACAACUCAAACAACAACUGCACCAACUUCAACAUCAACUGCGCCAACAUCUACAACUCAAACAACUGCACCAACUUCAACAUCAACUGCACCAACAUCUACAACUCAAACAACAACUGCACCAACUUCAACAUCAACUGCGCCAACAUCUACAACUCAAACAGCAACUGCACCAACUUCAACAUCAACUGCGCCAACAUCUACAACACAAACAACAAAUGCACCAAUUUUGACACCAACUGUGGCAUCUACAACUCAAACAACAACUUUACCAACUUCAACAACACAAACAACAACUGCACUAACUUCAACAUCAACAGCGCCAACAUCUACCACUCAGUCAACAACAACUGCACCAACAUCUACAACACAAACAACUGCACCAACUUCAACAUCAACUGCACCAACAUCUACAACUCAAACAACAACUGCACCAACUUCAACAUCAACUGCGCCAACAUCUACAACUCAAACAACAACUGCACCAACUUCAACAUCAACUGCACCAACAUCUACAACUCAAACAGCAACUGCACCAACUUCAACAUCAACUGCGCCAACAUCUACAACUCAAACAACAACUGCACCAACUUCAACAACACAAACAACUGCACCAACUUCAACAUCAACUGCGCCAACAUCUACAACUCAAACAACAACUUUACCAACUUCAACAACACAAACAACAACUGCACUAACUUCAACAUCAACAGCGCCAACAUCUACCACUCAGUCAACAUCAACUGCACCAACAUCUACAACUCAAACAACAACUGCACCAACUUCAACAUCAACUGCGCCAACAUCUACAACUCAAACAACUGCACCAACUUCAACAUCAACUGCACCAACAUCUACAACUCAAACAACAACUGCACCAACUUCAACAUCAACUGCGCCAACAUCUACAACUCAAACAGCAACUGCACCAACUUCAACAUCAACUGCGCCAACAUCUACAACACAAACAACAAAUGCACCAAUUUUGACACCAACUGUGGCAUCUACAACUCAAACAACAACUUUACCAACUUCAACAACACAAACAACAACUGCACUAACUUCAACAUCAACAGCGCCAACAUCUACCACUCAGUCAACAACAACUGCACCAACAUCUACAACACAAACAACUGCACCAACUUCAACAUCAACUGCACCAACAUCUACAACUCAAACAACAACUGCACCAACUUCAACAUCAACUGCGCCAACAUCUACAACUCAAACAACAACUGCACCAACUUCAACAUCAACUGCACCAACAUCUACAACUCAAACAGCAACUGCACCAACUUCAACAUCAACUGCGCCAACAUCUACAACUCAAACAACAACUGCACCAACUUCAACAACACAAACAACUGCACCAACUUCAACAUCAACUGCGCCAACAUCUACAACUCAAACAACAACUUUACCAACUUCAACAACACAAACAACAACUGCACUAACUUCAACAUCAACAGCGCCAACAUCUACCACUCAGUCAACAUCAACUGCACCAACAUCUACAACUCAAACAACAACUGCACCAACUUCAACAUCAACUGCGCCAACAUCUACAACUCAAACAACUGCACCAACUUCAACAUCAACUGCACCAACAUCUACAACUCAAACAACAACUGCACCAACUUCAACAUCAACUGCGCCAACAUCUACAACUCAAACAGCAACUGCACCAACUUCAACAUCAACUGCGCCAACAUCUACAACACAAACAACAAAUGCACCAAUUUUGACACCAACUGUGGCAUCUACAACUCAAACAACAACUUUACCAACUUCAACAACACAAACAACAACUGCACUAACUUCAACAUCAACAGCGCCAACAUCUACCACUCAGUCAACAACAACUGCACCAACAUCUACAACACAAACAACUGCACCAACUUCAACAUCAACUGCACCAACAUCUACAACUCAAACAACAACUGCACCAACUUCAACAUCAACUGCGCCAACAUCUACAACUCAAACAACAACUGCACCAACUUCAACAUCAACUGCACCAACAUCUACAACUCAAACAGCAACUGCACCAACUUCAACAUCAACUGCGCCAACAUCUACAACUCAAACAACAACUGCACCAACUUCAACAACACAAACAACUGCACCAACUUCAACAUCAACUGCGCCAACAUCUACAACUCAAACAACAACUUUACCAACUUCAACAACACAAACAACAACUGCACUAACUUCAACAUCAACAGCGCCAACAUCUACCACUCAGUCAACAUCAACUGCACCAACAUCUACAACUCAAACAACAACUGCACCAACUUCAACAUCAACUGCGCCAACAUCUACAACUCAAACAACUGCACCAACUUCAACAUCAACUGCACCAACAUCUACAACUCAAACAACAACUGCACCAACUUCAACAUCAACUGCGCCAACAUCUACAACUCAAACAGCAACUGCACCAACUUCAACAUCAACUGCGCCAACAUCUACAACACAAACAACAAAUGCACCAAUUUUGACACCAACUGUGGCAUCUACAACUCAAACAACAACUUUACCAACUUCAACAACACAAACAACAACUGCACUAACGUCAACAUCAACAGCGCCAACAUCUACCACUCAGUCAACAACAACUGCACCAACAUCUACAACUCAAACAACAACUGCACCAACUUCAACAUCAACUGUGCCAACAUCAACAACUCAAACAGCAACUGCACCAACUUCAACAACACAAAUAACUGCACCAACUUCAACAUCAACUGCACCAACAUCUACAACUCAAACAACUACACCAACUUCAACAUCAGCUGCGCCAACAUCUACAACACAAACAACUACACCAACUUCAACAUCAACUGCGCCAACAUCUACAUUAACUGCAACAACUGCACCAACAUCAACUACUCAAACAUCAACUGUGCCAACAUCUACAACUCAAACAACAACUGCACCAACUUCAACAUCAACUGCGCCAACAUCUACAACUCAAACAACAACUGCACCAACUUCAACAUUAACUGCGCCAACAUCUACAACUCAAACAACAACUACACCAACUUCAACAUCAACUGCGACAUCAUCUACAACUCAAACAACAACUGCACCAACUUCAACAUCAACUGCGUCAACAUCUACAACUCAAACAACAACUGCACCAACUUCAACAACACAAACAACUGCACCAACUUCAACAACACAAACAACUGCACCAACUUCAACAUCAACUGCACCAACAUCUACAACACAAACAACUACACCAACUUCAACAUCAACUGCGUCAACAUCUACAUUAACUGCAACAACUGCACCAACAUCAACUACUCAAACAUCAACUGUGCCAACAUCUACAACUCAAACAACAACUGCACCAACUUCAACAUCAACUGCACCAACAUCUACAACUCAAACAGCAACUGCACCAACUUCAACAUCAACUGCGCCAACAUCUACAACUCAAACAACAACUGCACCAACUUCAACAUCACAAACACCUGCACCAACUUCAACAUCAACUGCACCAACAUCUGCAACUCAAACAGCAACUGCACCAACUUCAACAUCACAAACAACUGCACCAACUUCAACAUCAACUGCGCCAUCAUCUACAACUCAAACAGCUACAUCAGCUGCACCAACUUCGACAUCAACUACACCAACAUCUACAACUCAAUCAACAACAACUGUACCAACAUCUAUAUCAACUACACCAACAUCUUCAACUCAAACAACUACAUCAGCUGCACCAGCUUUGACAUCAGCUGA